AUGAAGAAUACGCUCCAACAAAAAAUCGACGAAAAGGCCAGACAGCUCCAGGAACUAAAAGAGAUAAACAGAUUCACGAAUAUUCUAGCACAACAAUUGGAUGAGAUUGAGAAAAAGCUCGAGGUCAUGACUGACGGCUCAGAGAGCGUUGCAUAUAUCCUCUCAAAUUGGAAAAAUGUUGCAAGUGCCAUAUCUCUAGCAUCUUUAGGCAUAGCAAACCACGCUAGCCGAGUCAACGACAACAAUGAACCUAUGCCUGAAUUAUUGGUUCGUUUGAACUGGAGUGAAGAUUCAGAUGACAUAGACACCUGA